AGCCCUCGGAUGCUGCAGGGAGCGUUUCCGCAUGUCCUCCCACUCUCCAUCAAUCGUAGCCAUCCGUCUAUUCAGCUGUUGGGUCCCGGCCCAGUCCUCUGUCUGACUCCUCACUUCGUCUGCAGCUCACACUCUCUCUCUCCCCUUUAUCUCAUCUGACCUGCAUGGUAAAAUGACAUGAGCUGCACAGUGUGUGGACUCAUGUUGACGCUUACAUGUUGAAAGCCCUUCGUCCCGUAACUUCAUCUCCAUCUCUUUUUCCCGGACUCGCUGCCGUGCUUCCUCUCCCCGCUUCUCCCCUGACUUUGCUGUUCUUGCUUGCAGUGCAUGCUGUAUAUUGCCUGCAUGACUGCAGAGGGAAUAGAGCGGGGAGCUCGUCCGGUCCGCGUCCGGGAAAGGCACUGAUGGCACAGCUCCGUUCUGUAGCAUUAGAGCAGAAGGGAGGAGAGGAGGAACGGUUCCAGGAGGGAACGUGAGAGAGGAGAGUAGGAUAAAGGUAUAAUGUUUAACGCCUUUUAAUGUUUGUUUUUGACGCUUGGCUUCGGGGCCUCUCCCAUGAUGCGGUAUGUGAGGUAAGCCGGCCUUUACGGAACCCGUCAGCGUUACACUGUCAGCGACGAGGGACAGUUCAGUGACUCAAUGUAUUUUUAGCACAACCUCAGGAGAGGCGGGAACAAGGAUGUUUUGAAUGAAUCAACGGCACAGUGCUCAGCAGAGGACGUCAGCAGCAGCAGCAGCAGCAGCAGCAGCACUAACAGCUGAGCGGAGUGUACAAACCCCCCCCCCCACACACACACACACUGAGCUAACAUGUUGGGCCGACCAGGACAGGCAGGCGCACGCGUCCCUCACAAGAGGCAGCCCGUGUGCCCGGCGACUCGCAGCCACAACCUGAGGGCUACAUCAUUUCGGCAUCCUGUGACAGGACAGAUUUCCCCUGAAAACACAGAAUACACACUACAAGACAGGUUAGAGUCCCGUAUGUCCAAGUCACUGGCCGGUCAGCGAUCCCCCAGCAUGGUCGCAGAGUCCACCAAGGCUGUGACCUCAGCAGCGGUGGACGUCGCCUCGGGGUCAAAGGGAUCCAGGGUCACAGGGAAAAUACACAGUUUUGGCAAGAGGGACCACUCCAUUAAAAGAAACCUCAACAUCCCAGUGGUGGUGAGAGGAUGGCUCUACAAACAGGACAGCUCUGGAAUGCGACUGUGGAAACGGAAGUGGUUUGUUUUGUCAGACUAUUGCUUGUUUUACUACAAAGACAGCCGUGAGGAAACUGUGCUCGGUAGCAUCCCUCUUCCCAGUUACGUUAUUGCACCAGUUGAGCCCGACGACCACAUAAACCGCAAAUAUGCUUUCAAGGCGAGCCACACAGGAAUGCGCUCCUACAUUUACAAUAAGAACUCUGUGAUUGGCUCACAGGCGGAACACUGCGGGAUGCGGACAUAUUACUUCAGUGCGGACACACAGGAGGACAUGAAUGGCUGGAUCCGGGCCAUGAACCAGGCUGCGCUGAUGCAGCAGAGUCACACUAUAAAGAGAGAGGUGGAGAAAACAGAGAAGGUGGCACAGCAGGCUGUCCCACAAACCAACCACGUCCACGUCAGCCAGAGCUCAUAUCAGCCGGAGAGCCUCCGCCGGCCAGACAGACAGGAACCUCAGGAUAACUGUGUCCGACUGGCCCCAGGAGACGAGGCCAGGUUCGGGUUCGAGGUCCACGGGAGACCCGGCCGCUCGGCCACGGAGGACAAGGCAGACAGACUCUCUCCAGACCCUGACGGCGCCGCCCAUAAGAACGGACAGCAGCCUGUAAUUCAAGUGUCUCUGCUGCCAGAACCAAACGGGAAUCUGGCUUAUCCGCGGGGUUUGGCCUCGCAGGCUGACAGUGAAAAACACGUGCAGAGAAAGAACACGCUGGCUCAGGUGGAGCAGUGGGUCAAAGUUCAAAAAAGAGACCCAACAAAAGGUGCUCCCUCUGCUGAGUACAACCUCCCACGGCGGACGCCCCCCUUAAAGCCCAAAGCCAGCACAGCGGACGCCGCCUAUCAGUCGUUGCCAAAGUCUCCCCGCCUCCCGUCAGGCAGCAGCUCCCCACCGGCCCCCUGCAACCUGCCCAGCGACUACAAGUACGCCCACGACCGGCUCAGCCACUUCCGCAUGUCCAGCGACGAGCGCGUGGCCACCAAGGAGGGCAUGGUGUGGCAGCUGUACGAGUGGCAGCAGCGGCAGCAGUUCCGCCACGGCAGCCCCACCGCCCCCAUGUACGCCGGGCCCGGCUUCGCCGACGCGUCCUCCUUCCGGGUCACCGUGGAGAUGCCGCGCUCCAUCUCGGUGCCGCCCUCCCCGUGCGAGGUCCCACCGCCGGUGCCCGCCGCCUUCAAGCCCCCUUCCCCCCGCCGGCCACACACCCCCUCGGACAGACGCACGGUCCGGCCCCCGGACGAGGCGGCACCUGGGGACAGCACCCGGUCCAGCUCCCCUGGUCACAUCUGUGCCCAUCUGUCCCAGACUUCCCAACUAGAGAGAAGGUCCAUGCCUGCCAUGGGCUACAUCACACACACCGUCAGUGCACCCAGCCUACACGGCAAAACGCCAGAGGAGCUGACUCUGCUCCUCAUUCAGCUCCGGAGACACCAGGCCAACUUGGCAGGUGUGCGUAGCCCCAGCGACGCGUUCGCUCAACUGCAGAAUCACCAGCACAACGGCCUCCUGGGCCCCAACAUGCAGGCUGAUGAUACUUACAUACAACUGAAGAAGGACCUGGAGUAUCUAGAUCUGAAGGUUACUGGGCGUGAGAGUUUGAAAAAGGAACGGGCGUCCAGGCCUGUGAAAAUAGCAGAAAGCGACGCUGAUGUCAAAUUAAGUCGACUGUGUGAACAAGACAAGAUUCUCCAGGAGCUAGAGGCCACGAUACGCACUUUAAAGGAGGAUAAGGACAAGCUGGAGUCGGUCCUGGAUGUUUCCCACCAGCAGAUGGAGCAGUACAGAGAUCAGCCGGCCCACGUGGAGAAGAUCGCCUAUCAGCAGAAACUACUGCAGGAGGAUGUGGUGCACAUCAGGGCUGAAAUAUCCCAAGUGUCCACAGAGAUGGAGAACGCAUGGAAUGAGUACAGCCGGCUGGAGAGAGACGUGGACUGGCUCAGGUCAGCCCUGCAGGGACAGAUGAGCCGCAGCGAUCUCACUCAGCACGAGAAAGUCCAGAUCAGAAAGGAGCUGUGGAGGAUAGAGGAUGUCAUCGCUGGCCUCAGUACCAGUAAAGCCAACUACAAAGUCACUAUUUCCUCUGUUACCAACCCAGAGAGGAAAUUUGUGCCUUCAGUGACGGUGCCUUCUGUAUGUGGGAGCCCUUCUGCUGUGGAGAUGAGAUUGUCCCAACAGCAGCAGCAGCACAGCCUCCACCUCAACCCCAGCGCCCUCACACCUACUCUGUGCUCCAGCCCCAGUCAGCAGCCUUUACAUCACUCUGUGACCAUUACCAGUGGACUUAAAUGGGGGGAGGAAGACGUGCCUCCCAGACCUCCUCUACCUCAGCUCUACAGUCCUGAUGAGCAGCCCCCUGCUGUGCCCCCUUUACCGCGGGAGACAACAGUGAUCAGACACACCUCCGUCCGUGGCCUCAAGCGACAGUCAGAUGAACGUAAACGAGACAGAGAGAUUGGCCACUACACUAACGGAGACAGUAAGGUGGAACUUAGGCCUUUCCUGAGUGACCCAGAGCUCAUGGGAACUGGAGACAACUCCAGCCACAUAACAGUUGUAGCAUCUGGACAUGUGGGAGGUUAUCAGACAUUGCCUAGCAGAGGAGUGGCUUCUUCCUCACUUAGACUAAACCAGUCUUCAAGCAUCUCGUCAUAUGUGACCCUCCGGAGAGCAGCAUCCGCCGCCGGCACAAAGGACAAACCAAAAAGUGCCUUGGAGCGCCUGUACUCCGGGGACGCGGCGCUGCCGCCGCAGCAGCAGCCGCGGGGGAAGAUGAGCGCCGACGAGCAGCUGGAGAGGAUGAAGAGGCACCAGAAGGCCCUCGUCCGCCAGCGCAAACGCACCCUGAGCCACGGCGAGCGCCAGCCGUCCUCGUCCUCGCGCUCCUCCUCGGCGCGACCGCUUUCAGCAGACCUGGGAUCAUGGAAGAGAGAGCAGGAGUUUGACCUGCAGCUGCUUGAGAGGGCUGUUCAGGGAGAAGAGACGCAGGCGGUUCGGAGCGUCCAGGGGGAGGAAAGGCCUCCGGAGCACAAUGAGAGACCCCGCUCCCACUCGGACGAAUGGCUCACCUUCCGCUCUAUGGCUUCAACUCCGACCCAAGAAGCUGACCUGGAGCCGCUGGAGUAUGACCUGGACCUGAACAAGGAGUUGUCCAAGCCUGAGAAAGUGUUGAUUCCAGAGCGUUAUGUGGAUUCAGAGCCCGAGGAGCCGCUGAGUCCUCAAGAGGUGGAGGAACGUCAUCGCAAGGUGGAGCGAAUUAAGAGCAUCUUGGCAAAGUCCAGUGUACAAAACCUAGCACCAGCAGUGGCUGUGGACAAGCCAGAUGUGGGGCUGGUGGCCCUGGACUCAGCUUUACAGGAGCAGGAGAGGAUCAUCACCAUGUCUUACGCUCUGGCUUCCGAGGCCUCGCUCAAGAGCAAACUAGUCACAGUCCCCCCACAGGCUAGCGUCCCCGCCCCUCCUCCCCCUCCUCCCCCGCCCCCGCCUCCACCCCCGCCUCCACCUCCUCCUCUUCCUCCCGCAUCUCUGGCGCCUCCCUCUCCUCUAAGCAACGGAAUUCACUACACGUUUGUCUAACCUGAAAUAAACUCAAGCAAUAUCUGGACACUGAGGUGCUUUUCCGGGAUGACGACAAACAUCUGGAUUCUGCCAGAGGAGGCGAACUGGAAGAACCGUACUCAACGUCUGCCUUUCUGAGGCUCACACCGCACCGGCUGCUGCAGAAGGCGGUCGUCCAGAGGAAAACAGGGGACUCUGCUCUGAGACUGAGCAGAUGAACUGAAUGCGUCUAACAAAUGUUAAGCUCAUAUUAAAGAUAUUUUCUACAUGUUGCACUUUUAAUUGUACACUGUAUUAUGUUUCUGAGGUAUGAAUGAAUAGCCUUUACUUGCAGUGUGAUCUCAACUGGGAACGUGUUGGUUUUGUUUUUUCAGGUACAAACAAAAGGCACUAAAGGGGUAUGACUAGUAUUUUUAUCGAAAAUAUUCUUACACCAAACCACUUGAAAUCUUCUAUGUACCUGUAGCACUGCCAGUCUCCUUUUAGCUUGCCAAAAUGAGUUUUAUUUUUGCUUACAUCCAGAUGACAGUAACCCUUAACAUAUUUUCUGUGCGACUGGGGAAGUUGCACAUUGGAAAUUUGUAAAAAUAUCCAUAAUAAAGGAAUUAACACAA